AUGUCCUUCUCAUUCGGAAAGCCGUCGACCUCGGGGGCACCCUCCUCAUCAACACCCGCAACCUCGCUUUUUGGUAAUCAGUCCUCAACCCCCUCGAGCGGUUUCUCCUUCGGCAGCGCACAGAAAGAUAGUGCUGGAGCUGCAGCGCAACCUGCUGCGGCCGGCGGCGGCCUCUUUGGAGGUAGCAAUGCUUCGAAGCCUGCGACCUCGUCGUUGUUCGGCGCCGGUGCGACGACCAACACAUCCUCGUCUACUCCUUCGCUGUUCGGUGGUGCUGCAUCGACGGGCACGCCCCCAGCAAGCGGCGGGGGUCUCUUUGGUGGGAUGAGCAAGCCCGCUACGUCUUCGUCCAACCUGUUUGGAGGAGGCUCAAGCACCCCGGCAGCUGGAGGCAGCACACCAGCAGCCGGAGGCAGCUCGACGACGGGAGCAAGUCUCUUUGGUGGUGCGAAUACUGGAACCAGCUUGACUCCAUCUACAAGUGCUGGCACGAGCAACUCUUUGUUUUCAAGCAGCACUCCAGCUGGACAGGCGACUCCAACAAAGCCACUGUUUGGCGGCCUGGGGUCCACCACUCCAGCAGGAGCACCUCCCUCCGACUCGGCCAAGCCAACGCCGAGUCUCUUCAGCCAGUCAGCAGGUGGCCAAACGUCUCAAUCUCCGAGCCUCUUCGGUGGAGGAGCGGCAGCAGCAUCAAAACCCAGCUCCAACCUCUUCGGCGGUGGAUCUACUUCUACGCCCACUUCUCAACCUGCCGCAAGCGGUUCCGGGACCCCCAGCCUUUUCGGCGCAAAACCUGCUUCCACUGGGUCGACCGAGAAGGCCAGCCCGUUCGCCGCUGCCCCUACCGGCGGCGCCUCGUCCACUCCGUCCCUUUUUGGUGGCGGCGCUUCUGCAUCCAAACCAGCUGAGAGCGGCGGCGGCGGCGGUAACGGCCUCUUUGGCGCGAAACCUGCCUCAACAACAGCGCCAGCGAGCACCGCCGCAACGACGACGGCUGCCUCAACGCCGUCUCUCUUCCCUAGCCUUGGUGGCUCUACUACAGCUAGUUCGACAGCACCCUCUAAACCCUCGUUGUUCUCUGCAUCCGCUUCGACCCCUACGACAACAACAGCUGCAGCCGCCUCGGCUCCAGCGGCAACCCCGUCUUUGUUCUCGGCCACCACUACAUCCGCACCCGCACCCGCCACAACAUCCACCGCGGCGGCCCCAGCUCCCAGCGCGAACACUCUUUUCGGCGGAAAGCCAGCUGCCACCACGGCCGGCACAUCUGGAAGCACAGCUGCGCCAGCAACCGCCACUGCUAGCACAGAGAAGACCGCUACCCCAGGUGCGGCUCAGAACAACAUGUCUGCAUCAACCAUGGGCCCUCCCUCACAACUGCCCCGACUGAAGAACAAGACUAUGGACGAGAUCAUAACGCGGUGGGCCACAGAUCUCCAGAAGUAUCAGAAGGAGUUCAAAGACCAAGCGACCAAGGUUGCAGCCUGGGACCGUCUCUUGGUUGAAAACGGCGAGAAGAUCCAGAAGCUCUACCUGCAGACCCACGAGGCAGAGAAGGCUAGCAAUGAGAUUGACCGACAGCUGCAGUCUGUCGAGAGCCACCAAGCGGAACUGGAGUCUUUCCUCGACCGGUAUGAGAAGGAGGUCGACGACAUGUACUCUAAGCAGAUCGGUGGCAACGAGCAGCUUGCUGGACCUGAUCAGGAGCGUGAGCGGACUUACAAGCUUGCCGAGAACCUGACAGAUCGGUUGGACGAGAUGGGUAAGGACCUGGGUAAGAUGAUCACCGAGAUCAACGACAUCUCAGGGUCGCUCAGCAAGGGCAACAAGCCUGAUGACCCACUCAGUCAAAUCGUCCGUGUCCUCAACGGCCACCUUCAACAGCUACAGUGGAUCGAUACCAACGCAUCUGCCCUGCAGGCUAAGGUGAACGCCGCGCAGAAGGCCAGCAACAAUAUGGGCAGCAAAUUUGGCAACCCAGACAGUGAUGCCGCGGAGAGCUUUUACCGAUCUUACAUGGGUCGGAGGUGA